AGAGGCUGCUGAAGAGGCUGCUGAAGAAGAAGCUGAGGAAUCCGAUGAUGACAUGGGUUUCGGUUUGUUCGAUUAGGUCCGUUGUUAGGUUAGAUCCGGUUUAUAUUAUACAUAAAUAUCCCCUUUUCCUUUUCAAUGUGUCACUUCUAAUAAAUUAAUCAUUUUCUGUACUCAGUUCUGCGGAGCCGGGGGAGGAGAGCCCUGGCUACAUUUCAUGACGGUGCGAGGGCCCCGUUUUCUCUUUUUCUCCGUCCAGACUGUUGAGGCUCAUCGUUAUCAUCACCAUCUUCAACUCCCCCUCCGUGUUCUUCAUGCUCCCCUGCAACACCCCCUCUGACCAGCUCUCCUCCGGCACCGUAAACAAUGUCCAGUAGACCGCUAUACGUUGAUUGGCAACAAGCUGUGCAGGCAAGAGCGUUCUUGGAGGUGGCCCGCCCCUUCAACGUGGUGUACCAGCUGGUGACAGCCCAAGGCUACCUGUACCCUUUCAGAGGGUUUGUUUUUUUCUGGCAAAACUACCAGCCCUUGCUUCCACUCUUCCUCUCCGUGGUGAUCCCAUACGGCAUCUUGCACCUCUACGUGUACACGGUGUUGUUGUGGGCGAUCUUGCCGUUGAACCUCGUCAUCCACACGCUCACGCUCGGCCCCGUCGGAGUUCAAGUCGCAAUCCUCGCAUCUUUCCAGCAGUGCAGCUGUGUGAACAACUACCUAUUCAAGAACUACUUGAUUGCCGGGAAGCUCAACAAGGUGUUCGACACCACCCUUUGCCUCGUUGGCCUAGACAGGGUGGUCAUCCCGGGAAAGUUGAAGAGACUCGUGCCCCAGACCCUCGGUGCGCAGAUCAUGGAGAUCAAUCCCAUCAACAUUGCUCUAUCCACCAUGAGCCUUCUCUACUCCAUCGUUGUAUCACUCAUUCCGAUCAUCGGAACUGUAAUAUUUGAGUACAACAACGCCAUCAAGACAGCCGAGUUCAGCCAACAAAGAAUGUGGAGACUCACGAGAUUGAGACCACGCCAGAUGAAGUAUCAGGUCAAGGAGAACGAAGGUGUCUAUUUGACCUUCGGCUUUGUCUGCCAGCUGCUCGAGAGCAUCCCCGUCCUCGGACUUCUUUUCUGCUUCACCAACCAAGUCGGCGCCGCCCUAAUGGCUGCAGACAUCUACAAAAACAGACCUCAAGGUUAGCUCAAGGGGUCUCACUGCUAAUGAGAACACUUUGCUCCGAUUUUAUAUACAACGUUAUAACUAAACUCUUUUCGCCAACUGCAACCGGUACAUGAUUUUGUGCCGCCAUACUGAUUCAGAAGAGCAAUCCGUCUCCGCUUGCAUCCACCUACUUUCCACACCGUAAAAACGCAUCCUCCCGUUUUAUGUUAAACCGGAGUGUGUCUGCCUGCAAAUGGUGCCGUCU